AUCUUUCUUUUCCCUUUUUUUUUUAUUCUUCCUCUCUUUCUUCUCUUAUACAUUUUAGACUAUGGCCAAGAAACUAUUGGGAAAGAAAGGCGAAAAGAAAAUUAUUAAAGCCAACCGUCCUGCACGAGCAGACUGGAAGGAAGGCGUAAAAAAGAAGCAAGUGGGUGUGUCUGAUAUGACCUUGCUUACGAAAAUUACAAAUGAGGCUAUCAAUGAAAAUUUGCAAAAGAGAUGGCAGAAUGCCGAGAUUUAUACUUAUAUUGGUCAUGUAUUGAUUAGUGUUAACCCUUUUCGAGAUUUGGGUAUUUAUACAGAUGAUGUUCUUACAAGUUACAAGGGCAAGAAUUUACUUGAAAUGCCUCCUCAUGUUUUUGCUAUUGCUGAAUCUAGUUAUCACCAUAUGAAUAGUUACAAGGAGAACCAAUGUAUCAUUAUCAGUGGUGAAUCGGGUGCUGGUAAGACAGAAGCUGCCAAGAGAAUUAUGCAGUAUAUUGCCGCUGUUUCCGGUGACGGACAAAAUUCGUCCAUUAAAGAAAUUAAGGAAAUGGUCUUGGCAACCAAUCCUUUGCUUGAAAGUUUUGGGUGUGCAAAAACACUGAGAAACGAUAAUUCAAGUCGCCAUGGUAAAUAUUUGGAAAUCCAAUUCAAUGCUCAAGGUGAGCCUGUGGGUGCUGUCAUUACAAACUAUUUGUUGGAAAAGAACCGUGUGGUUGGUCAAAUUGAAAAUGAAAGAAACUUUCAUAUCUUUUAUCAACUCACAAAGGGUGCUACCCCUGAAUAUCAACAAUCCUUUGGUCUCCAAGGACCUGAAAGCUUUUUAUAUACAAGUAGAAGUGGUUGUUUGGAUGUACCUGGUAUUAAUGAUGUUCAAGACUUUCAAGAUACUUUGAAUGCUAUGAAUGUGAUUGGUUUAGAGAAGCAUGAACAAGAUGAAAUCUUUAAGAUGUUGGCUACCAUCUUGUGGUUGGGUAAUGUUGUAUUUGUAGAAGAUGAUAAUGGGAAUGCCAUGAUUUCAGAUGCUGAUGUGGCCAAUUUCAUUGCUUAUCUUAUGGAAGUGGAUGCUGAAUCACUCUCAAAAGCGCUUACAAGCCGUGUUAUGGAAACAACGCGUGGAGGCAGAAGAGGCAGUGUGUACGAAGUGCCUCUCAAUAUUGUUCAGGCAACAGCUGUACGUGAUGCCCUUUCUAAAGCCAUUUAUGAACGCCUGUUUGAAUGGAUUGUGACCCGUGUCAAUGUGUCGCUUCAAGCACGUACUGCUCAUCAAUAUACCAUUGGUGUCUUGGAUAUUUAUGGUUUCGAAAUCUUUGAGGAAAACAGCUUUGAACAACUCUGUAUCAACUAUGUGAACGAAAAACUCCAACAAAUCUUUAUUGAAUUGACAUUAAAGGCAGAACAAGAAGAAUAUGUGCGUGAACAAAUUCAAUGGACACCCAUCAAGUUCUUUAACAACAAGAUUGUGUGUGAUCUUAUUGAAGAAAAGCGACCUCCAGGAUUAUUUGCUGCUCUCAAUGAUGCUUGUGCUACUGCUCAUGCUGACUCAGGUGCUGCUGAUAAUUCGUUUGUGCAACGUCUUGGUUUCUUGUCUUCUAAUCCUCACUUUGAAUCCAGAGGCUCCAAGUUUUUAAUUCGUCAUUAUGCCGGUGAUGUGCUUUAUAAUGUAGAAGGUAUGACUGACAAGAACAAGGACUCUCUCUUAAAAGAUUUGCUCAACUUGGCCACUGGUUCUUCCAACCAGUUCAUUGCCAACACUUUGUUCCCUGAACGUAUUGACCCUAAUUCCAAAAAGAGACCUCCUACUGCUGGUGACAAAAUCAAGAUGUCAUGUAACACUUUGGUGACCAAACUGAUGCAAUGCCAUCCCAGUUAUAUUCGUACUAUCAAAUCCAACGAUAACCGUAGUCCUUCUGAAUAUGAUGAGAAGCGUGUAUUGCAUCAAAUUCAAUAUUUGGGUCUCUGUGAAAAUAUCCGUGUACGUCGUGCUGGUUUUGCGUACAGAACAACAUUUGAAAAGUUUGUGGAGCGAUUCUAUCUAUUGUGUCCUACAACCGGCUAUGCCGGUGAAUAUAUCUGGAACAGAGAUGCACAAAGCGGUGCUCUAGAAAUCCUAAAGCACAACAAUAUUCCUGCGGAAGAAUGGCAAUUGGGUACGACCAAGGUCUUUAUUCGUCAUCCUGAGACCAUUUUUGCCUUGGAGAAUCUGCGUGAUAAGUAUUGGCACAACAUGGCCACUCGUAUCCAACGUGCCUGGAGAGCUUAUGUGAGAUACAAGAUUGAAUGUGCUAAAAAGAUUCAACGCUUCUGGAAGCAAAACAAGUACAAUAUUGGGUAUCUUCAAUUACGCGAAUAUGGACAUCAAAUCCUUGAUGGUCAAAAGGAAAGACGUCGAUACUCUCUUGUCAGUAUGAGACGAUUCACAGGUGAUUAUUUGGAUAUCAAACAAGGCUCUGGUCUAUCCACCAUGAUUCGAAAUGCUAUUAGCUUUAAGGGUAAUGAAGAUGUCGUGUUUAGUAUGCGUGGUAAUACUCUGGUUCCUCGUGCCAUGCGUUCUAGUGUGCCCAGUCCAAGAACAUUUGUUUUAACAAAUCAAAACCUACAUAUUGUAGUGGCCACUAAGAACGGUAAGGUAUUGUCCAUGGUCGAUGAGAAGGUUAUUAGCUUGAAUGUGAUAAGUGGUAUCAGUGUUUCUACACUUCAAGAUGACUGGGUUGUGCUGCAUGUAGACUCUUCCCCUGAUGGCGAUACAAUCCUCUCUUGUACUUUUAAGACUGAAAUGUUGGCACAUAUCUUACAACAAACAGGCGGUCGUAUCAAGGUUUCAGUGGUGCCUCAGAUUCAAUACAAAAAGAAGGGAGGAAAAGCAGUGACUAUGAAGUUUGUCAAAGAUGAAGCUGCCAAGGGUGAUGGUGUUUAUAAAAGUCAUGUUGUCAAAAUUUGUUCAGGUUCUCCAGCUGGAAGUCAAUCUGAUCCUCCUUGUGCUGUCAAAGCAAGACCCACACAAAGUACAACUCGAUCUGCACCUCGUAAUAAUGGACGUCAGAAACCUGCACCCAAUACAACGCAUGCUGCACCUACUGCAAACCGCUCUGUACCACCACCACCUGCUCCUCCAGUCGCAUCCAACGCUUCUCCACCUCCACCAGCUACACCUUCUUUGCCUCAAUACAAAGCUAUCUAUCCUUUCCAAUCGCAAGAAGCAGGUGAAAUUGCGUUCGUCAAGGACGAUAUUUUAGAAAUCUUAGAAAAGGACGAGAAUGGAUGGUGGUUAGCACGUCAUAAUGGGAUUGAAGGUUGGGUACCUAGUAAUUAUCUGGAAGAGUAUGUGCCACCUGUUGUCAGAUCCACACCUCCUCCCCCUCCUCCUCCAGCACGAAGAGCACCUCCUUCUGCACCCGCUGCACCCGCUGCACCCGUUGUACCCGCUGCGCCCGUUGUACCCGCUGCACCAAGUGCCAGUGUACCUGCUUGGAAACAAGAGUUAGAAGCACGUAAAUCGGCUGCUGCCAAUAAUCCUAGUGCGCCUGUGCCUGUUGCAAGAAGAGUACCACCUGCACCAGGACCUAAGCCUGUCAUUCCUGCCAAACCUAGUAGCAUGAGUAAACCUGCUAUUCCUUCUCGACCUGGUGGAGCACCUACACCAGCUCCCAGAGCACCUCCUCGCAAUGCCAAUGGCACGCCUUCUAAUGCGGCUGCUUCUUUAGCUGAUGCUCUCCGUGCACGUAGACAACAAGCACCUUCCCAUCAUGAUGAUGAUGACGACGAGUGGUAAAAAAAACAAAUAAGGAAUAAAUUAGAGAAAUGUACACAUUC